ACCCGCCGGCCCCUGCGACCACCCGCCUCCAGAACUCCAUCCGCCACCUCGUCCCCUCCUCUACAACCAAACCCUAGUCCUCUCCCGUCCUCUCCUCAACCUCUCCUGAUCGAGCCCUUCAGUCUCUUUCGUAUGGGGUCGCAAAAGACCGGCUUCCGCCACUCUUCAGCAUACCGUACUCCCACAUAAUCUCAAUCCUCACCCGCAACUCGAUGCUCAACCACGCCCGCUGCCUCCUCCUCGACGACAUGCCCAAGCGCCAAAUCCCCCCGUCAGAGGCCAUGUUCGCCGACCUCAUUGCCGGGUACGGCAGGGCUAGGAUCCCGCAGGAAGCUGUGAAGAUUUUCAGGGCCAUGCCUGGGUUGGGCGUCGAACGCACUUUCGUGUCGUACGACGCCUUCUUCAAGGCGAUUUUGAGGAACGGCCGGGUUUUGAUGGCGAAGAGGGCGUUUAAUUUCAUGGGUAGGGAAGGGAUUGUUCCGGCAUUGUCGACUUAUAAUACCUUGAUUUGGGGGUUUUGCUUGUCGGGGAAGAUGGAGACUGCGAUUAGGUUCUUUGAGGACAUGAAGGCGAAGGGGUUUAAGCCGGAUGUAGUUACGUACAACACGGUGAUCAAUGGGUGGGUGAGAGGGAAGAAGAUGGAGGAUGCGGAGAAGGUGUUUGAUGAAAUGAAGGACGUUGGAGUCGAGCCGAAUUUGAUCACUUAUAACUUGAUGAUCAAAGGGUUUAUGGCGAGUGGAAAGAUCGAUGAUGGGUUGAAAUUGUUUGGCGAGUUGAGGAAGAAGGAGAUGAGAACGACAGAGAGGACUUAUGCUGCAUUGAUGCCAUGGCUAUGCGAUGAUGCAGGGAGAACUGAGGAUGCGAAGAAGGUGUUUGAUGAAAUGGCUGAGAGAAGAAUCACGCCUAAGAAUAAGAACAAGUCGGUGUUUUUGAGGUUGAUUGCGAGCAUGUUUGAGUCUGGGGAUUUGGAUGGGGCAAUUGAUGUUCAUAAGGCUAUGGGUAAGUUUAGGGUUAGGCUCGAUUCGUGCUAUUAUGGACUGCUAAUUGAGGGAUUGUGUCGAGGAGAGAAGUUCGAUAAGGCGGUGGAGAUGUUAGAUGAGCUUCUUGAAAGAGAAGUGUUAGCACCGCUUGAUAGUGCUCCUCUUGAGCCCUCGGCAUAUAAUCCCAUGAUUGGGUAUUUAUGCGAGAAUGGGUGUACGUCAAAAGCUGAGAAUUUUUUCAGGCAGUUGAUGAAGAGAGGAGUCGAUGAUAAGAUUGCGUUCAAUCACUUGAUUCGUGGGCAUUCGAAAGAAGAGAAACCCGAGUCAGCAUUCGAGAUUUUAAGCAUCAUGACUCGUCGAGGAGUUGAGACCGAUGCUGAUGCUUAUGUUUUGCUCAUUGAGAGUUUCUUGAAGAAGAAAGAACCAGCUGAUGCUAGAACAGUUUUAGAUGGGAUGAUUGAACAAGGGCACUCGCCAAGUGCGGAAAUUUUCAGGUCUGUGAUGGUCGGCUUGUUCGAAGAUGGAAGAGUCCAAACUGCAAGCAGGGUGAUGAAAUGUAUGAUCGAGAAGGGUAUUAAAGAGAAUAUUGACAUGGUUCAGAAGAUCCUAGAAGAACUUCUAAUGAGAGGUCAUGUCGAAGAAGCUUUAGGGCGAAUCAAUCUGAUGUUGAUGAAUGAGUUAUCUCCUGACUUCGAUAGUUUGGUGGUCUCUCUAUGUGAUAGUAAUAAACCGGUGCCAGCGGUUAAAUUGGUUGACUUUGGGCUUGAAAGGGAUUGUGAGAUUGCAUUCUCAAGUUAUGAUCGGUUGCUCGAUGCUUUGUAUAAUGAUGGAAGGAUAUUGGCGGCUUACUCGAUAUUAUGUAAGAUUAAGGCGAAGGGGGGAGUUGUGGAUAAAAAAGGAUGUGAAGCUGUGAUCAAGAGUUUGAAUGAGCAAGGGAACACGAAGCAGGCUGAUAUUUUAUCGAGGAUAUUAGCUGGAAAAAUGCCGGUGGAUGGUAAGAAGGGGAAGAAAGUUGCUGUUGGUGCAUAUUGAAGAGUUUUGAUUUAGGGUUUUAGGAUCAGCUUGAUUUUCUUUGUGACAGUUGUUCUUCUUUGUUGUCGUUGCUGCUGCUGUUGGAUAAAGAGAUGGAAAUGCUCGAUUGGUUGGUUAAGGUACAUUAUUAUGCAUCCUUGCCACCGGACUCUUUGAAGUAUCAUCAGUGGAUUGUCUGUUGGUUUCUAAGUUCUGCUUCAUCAAAUUGAAUUUACAGUUAAAUA